AUGUCCUCAAACGAGAAGAGCGACGGGUCGUUCAAGCGGCAGGACUCCUCCUUCCGCAACUUCAUCGAGAAGGGUGGCAAGUUUGCGCCCGAGCACGAUAGGUAUCACCUCUAUGUGUCGUAUGCAUGCCCCUGGGCGACGCGCGCGCUGAUUAUGCGCAAGCUGAAGGGAUUGGAGGACAUCAUUCCUUUUUCUGCCGUCUCGCCUCGUAUGGGUACGAACGGCUGGCCCUUCCGCCGCAACGACAAUGAAGAGUCGAUCUUCCCCGCCGCCGACCCCGAUCCGCUUCACCACUCCGCCCACGUCAAGGAUCUGUACUUCCGCGCGGACCCAGAGUACUCAGGGCGCUUCACCGUGCCCGUCUUGUGGGACAAGAAGCUGCACACAAUUGUCAACAAUGAGAGCUCGGAGAUCAUUCGUAUCUUCAAUGAGGGAUUCAACGAGUUGUUGCCGAAGGAGAAGGCGGGGCUGGAUUUCUAUCCGGAGGAGUUGCGCAAGGGCAUUGACGAGGUGAAUGAGUGGGUGUAUAGUCAGAUCAAUAAUGGCGUAUACCGUACCGGGUUCGCUACGACGCAGGAGGCAUACGAGAAGGCCGUGAACGAGGUCUUCGACGGCCUCGACAAGGUCGAGAAGAUCCUCGAGAAGAGCGAAUACCUCGUCGGCGACAAGUUGACGGAGGCAGACCUUCGUCUGUGGGUCACCAUUGUCCGCUUCGACCCCGUCUACGUCGGCCACUUCAAGUGCAACUUCCGCACCAUUCGUGCGGGGUACCCUGCUAUCAACGAGUGGCUCAAGAAACUGUACUGGACCAACGACGCGUUCAAGUCGAGCACGCGCUUCGACCACAUCAAGACGCAUUAUUAUUGGUCUCACCCUCAUAUAAACCCGACACGGAUCGUACCUCUUGGCCCUAUACCCGAUAUCGAGCCCCUGUAA